GAGCUCUCCAACGUGAAGGUAGAAGUGCCUGGGCUGUCAUAGGAUUUGGCAGGCUAAUUUUCGAAUGGGCUAGUCUCACUACUAAUGGCCAUCUGCUGAAACUGUUCCCACUUUGUUCCCUUAUAGAUAGAAAUCAUGGCUAAUGAGGCAUCUGCAGAGUUGUUCCUUGAUAUCCUGACCAAGGAGGAAAGGGAAGCAUUAUUGAAUAAAAAGAUGGAAGAAAUCAGAAAAAAGAAUGACGCCUUAAGAAAAAGACACGAGGAAAUACAAAAAGACAAGAAAGUAGCAGCUUCAUUGUCCAAGCCAUUACCAACUGAUCCCUCCGGCAGUAACUCACCUACGAAAGAAAAACAGACAUAUCCAAAUGACAGAAAUUAUACAGACAACAAGAAAAAUAAUAAACCAGCUGGAAGAGGGAAGCCACGCCCUAAAUCAGGUGGUGAUUUCAAUCAUGUUCAGGAUAUGCAUAUAACUAGAAAUUCCGAGUCCAGAAAUGUGCAGCUAAAGGAUGAUAAUAAUCGAUUUCAGAACUCUGGGGACGACGAAUAUAGGUUUAGACAGGACACCCCUAAACGAUUUAGUUUUGGGGAAAAUGAUAGACCACAAGAUUUCAGAUUUGGAGAGCAUGAUGACAGAGAUGCAAGUCCUGAAAAUAAACAUUACAAUAACGACAGACGAGGUGGAAAUCGUAGAAACUUUCGCGGUCGUGGUUCAAGGGGAGGAAGGGGUGGCAGUAGUGAUCAUUACAAAGAGAACAGAUCUGAUGAUUAUAACAGGCAGGACUCUUGGAACAGUAAUGAGGAUUAUCAUGAUAAAAGGGAAUUUCGCAAAAGUGGCGAUUUUAGCCACAGACAGGAUUCUCGAGGUCGUGGACGAGGGAGAAAUGACUACAACAGACAGGACUCUAGAAGUAGUGGGGAAGAUUUCUAUGAGAAACGUGACUUUCGUAACAGUGGUGAAUUUAAUAGACAGGACUCUAGAGGUAGAGGUGGUGGGAACCAGUACAAUAGACAGGGAUCUAAUGGGAACAGAUACAGUGGGGAGUUUAAGAGGAAUACUUACAAUGAUAACAGGGAACAGUUUGAUGAUUCUGAAUUUGAUCAACCAAGGAAAAGACCACAUGGUGGGGCACAUGAUUACCAUGACGAUAGACCUGAAGGACCUCCUCCAGAUCCCCAAUACAACUUUUUGUCAGACAGGUCAAGGGAGGGAAUGCACAAACAACAGGACAGAUCAGAUAGGAGAGAACCUCCUAGAAGACACCCAAAAAAUUUUGGUGGUCAGGAUUUUAGCAAUGUGAAGAAUCAAAUGAAAAAUGUCAAAGAAAGACAAAAUAGAAAUGGACCUCCUAAAUCAAAGUUUGAAAUGACCGUCACUAUGACAGGGAAAGAAAGAAGAGAGUAUAUGGAAUGGAAAGCUGACAGGGAUCGUGUAGAUAAUGCCAGGAUAGAAAGACAAAAAUCUUCUUCUGGAGAAUGGAAACGAGAGUGGGAUAAAGAAAAAUUUGAAUCUGAUGAAGCAAAACAAACAGAACCAGCAAAAAGACCAGCUGGUCGUAUUGGAAGUGGUCGAUUUGACCGAGGUGAGAAGGAUGAGAGACAGAAAGGUACAGUUUCUCCAGAAGAAGCUCCUAGGGGAAGUUCAGAUAAAGGACGUCAAAGACCUGAAACACCAACAAAGACCAGAGGAGAGGCCCCACUGAAAGGACGAGGAAACAGACAUCCUGAAACCCCACCAAGAAUGGCUGGGCGUGGCAGAGGCAGGGGAAGGGGUAAGGCCAAGUCUGCCAAUGAAGCUAAACCCCAGAGAGUAAGGUCAACGUCAUCUGGUGAUGAUCGUGUGGUUAAUUGUGAUUCAGAUUUACUAGUGAUCAAGUUAGAUAAUACACCUGGAGAUAAUAGUGUUGAGGUGGAAUAUUCUGAUGGUGAGGCCCCAGUGAGGAAAUCUUCAAACGGAAAACAAAAAAGGGGUGGAGCCACUGGAACAGCUUCUCAUGGAGCUCAGACAGAAGAGUUGUGGUGGGAUGAGGAUGACGAUUUAACAAUGAGUUUGAUUCAGGAUGGUCUAGAGGGUGAUGAUGUUCUGGAACAUAGACCUCUUUUUGAUGAUGGGGAGCAUGAGGGUGAAGAAGAUACACAUGAACUUGUUGUUGGUGAUGAUGAGGAUGAGUGGGAGGAUUGUGACGAUGACUCGUUCUAUUCAACGGAAAAGAGUCAGACAUCAACAGAUUCAAGGGAAGGUUACCAUGGUAAUCAAUUGACAGUUAAUACUCAGCUCAAUCCAGAUGCACCAGAAUUUACACCAACAUCUCCAUUAUCAUCGCCUUCUUCAAGGUCACCCAGAGAAAAACGUUUAAAAACAAAACACGGACAAAAUGGUCAAAGAUCAAAAACAGAAGAACAGAACAAAAGCAGCUCUAAGAAAAAUGAUGAUAAAAAUGUGGGACAAAAAUCUAAAACAAGUCAGCAAGUUUCAGAUAAUGAAACAGCUAAUGACCAAAAGGGAACAGAGAAAAAAAAGGAAGGUUGUGAAAUGAGUGGUCAAGACACCACUGACCAAAAGGUCAGUGAAGACACUAGUGGUCAGGAGGCCAAAGAUGGAACUGACCAAAAGGUCAGAAAGAACACUGAAGUGUCAAAAGGACAAAAUGACCUCCAGGAAGGAGGCAAAGUUAAAAUGGAUAGUUCAAAGGAAACUGAUUCAUUGAUAAAAUCCAAGGAGGAUUUAAGUACUUCAUCAAGUAAUGAUGAUGAUAAAGAUCAAAAAGCCCAUUCAGAAACUGCCAGUAAAGGCAAAGACAACACCUCAGCAGAGGGUGUUGUGACGAGAGAGGUAGACACCUCUGGAUCUGUAAGUGGUGGAGAUAAUGCUACUAAGGAGGAAAGUGUUGGAGACAACACUUCCAAAUCAGAAGGUGGUUCCGAGGACACCUCAGUAGUUGGUGACAAAGACACCACAGAGGUUGGUACCAAGGACACCACAGUAGUAGGUUCUGAGGACACUACAGUAGUUGGUUCCAAGGACACCACAGAAGUUGGUUCCAAGGACACCACAGAGUUUGGUUCCAAGGACACCACAGAAGUUGGUUCUGAGGACACCACAUUGGUUGGAACCGAUAAUACUGUAGCAGUUGGUGCCACAGACACCAAAGAAAUUGAUACAGAGGACACAAUGGCUGUGGAUGACAGCUGUUCAGGAGCUGGCACCAUGGAGCAGAUGGCCGACAAAGAGACUAAUGAAGACUUUGUCAAUGAUAAAAUAUUAGAAGAAUCAUCAAAAGAUGACCAAAAGGAACCUGACCAAUAGUUCCUUUUCAAACUGACAGAUAACAGCCUGGAGCAGAUUGUCAGUUUACUUUUCGACGACUGAUCUAUAACAGAUAUGGUCCUUCCAUAUAUAUGAUUUUCGCUAUAGAGUUAUCCCUGUUUGGAACUACUAAUAUCUAUACUGCUGUAUGUUAAUUCUAGUUUUAUUACGUUAUAUCUAUUAUGUAAACUCUAGUUUUCAAGUAUGGUAUCAUUUAUUUAAGUGUCUCUGUUUAUUAUCAUUUAAACAAAAUUACUCAAUAUCUUUUUAUCAUUUCAAAAAAAAUUGUUUAAUAUUUUUUUUUUAUCAUUUAAAAGUGUCCAGUUCGACAUGGUUUUAACAUAUCUGCUUCAGAAAUAUCAAUUUAAUAAAUCAUUUUAUAAAAAAAAAUGUCGUUCGAAUAGAAAUCAUGAAAUGUCAGCUUAUUUUCCUUUGUAAAAUUUUUUUGACAAAAGCAAUAAAUGUAUUUAUAUUUACUGAUUCAUUUAAGAAUUAAAAACUUUCAGUCAAACUGAAAUUGAAUAAUUAUGAAUAUAUAAAAAGAUUUAAUAUUUGCAUGUCUUUUUGUUGUUAAAAUAAUUCUUCAAGAAUUUCCUUUAAAGUUUUCUUUUUUAUAUGUCCAUCUGUGAUAAAAAUUAAUAUAAAUAAUCAAAUCACUUGUGAAAAUCUUUGAUUAAUUUUCUUUAAAAAAAAUUGUUUGGGGUGUUUAUACAUUUGAAAUAAGGCUUACAACAACUAAAGAUCUGAAAAUAUAUAUUUGAAAAUGUUUUUAUUUAUUUUCAUAAUAAUUAUCAAGUUAUCAAAACUAUAUUUUUUACCAAUUACUAUUAAUUAGCAUACCUUAAUAAAAUGUAAAAAAAAUAUGAUUUUUUUUUUAAAAACAAAUUUUUUUUUAAGUCCUUUCGUUAUUUAAAAAAAAGUGCCUUUUACUUAUACAAGUGGUUGUAUUGUUAUAUCAUGACAGUUUCAUACUUAUCUCUUGUUUAUGUCACAAAGCAUGUACAUGUACCAAUUUUCCUACAUUUUUUAAAAAUUUGAACAGAAGCUGUUUGAAAAACUGCUAGAUAUUGAAAUGAAACUUGAUCAUCACAUAUUAAGAUGGAUACUACAUAUAAAAGGUUUUUUUAACAAAAAAAUCUUAAAGAAACAUGAAGUCAUAAGUCAUAACCAUUUCAUUAAAACUUGUGAUAGGCAGAUGUUUUUGUGUGAAAAGAGCCACAGAUUUCCAUACUUUCAUGAAAAAAGGUACAUGACAUAGGUUUGGACUUUUAAUAAAAUUUAUACUAUAAAUUGGUGCUUCACUUGCAUUGUUAUCUAACUUUUGCAGGUUUUGAUGUUGUAUUCUGCAUGUAAUUGCCAAACUGUUGUAUAAAGUGUUCAGCAAAUUAUUGUUACAGCAAACUUGCCCCAAUUGUUUGUUGUUAAAACUGUUAUUGUGUGUUUUUUUACUAUUUCUUUUUUUGCUUUAUACCUUUUGUAUUCUGAUUCAGGGGAUAAGCAAAUAGAAUUGUGCUGAAAAAAUUAUGAGAAAUAUAAGAAUGAAAAUUAAAAAUGACUCAUUUGCUUAUCAGGUUAUGAAUUAGCUGUUGAAGAAAUUUGUAAAUGAUGUUUUUACAUGUAAUUUUAAGUCAAUGUGUUUUAGAUUUUUUGUUGAUGUAAACAUAAAAGGUACACAUGUGAAGAAAUAGGUGGACAGCUUUCAGUUGCUUUUUAUAAAAAUGAUGUUUAUAAACAUUUUAUAAGCACAAAAAGUACCAUUGUGAUUUUUUUUUUAAAUCUGAAAUAUGGUCCCUUAUAUUCUAUUUUAAAAAUUAAUUUUAUUUAUUUGAAUUUUAAUAUAUAGAACAGGAUUGUACAUAUUUAAUUUUCAGAACCAACAUCUAAGUUGAGGUUUUGCUAUUUAUUUCCUAUUUAUUUUAAAUUCCAAUUUUUUUUUUACUUCUAGUUUUUUACAAGCUUAAGAUAUCCAAAGAUAAUUGUAUCAGAAAAGAUGUGUGAAAAAUGCUUUAGAUCUGAUUCAAACACUACAUUAACAUAGAAGAGACAAAAAAGAAACAAAUUCAUCAUUUUAUUGUAAAUUGGAAGUUUAUAAGGGCAUUAUUUAAAAGGUUUAAAUUUAUUGUAUCAUGCACAUUUCAUUAUAAAAUCUAUCUCGAUUCCAGUAAACAAAGAGAAGGUACGGUAAAAGCCAUUAUUUGGCCCCUCAUAAAUGCAAGAUUGAAAAAAUGUUCAAUGUUAAUUUUAUUGAUGAAUAAAUAGAACCAAAUACCGGUAGUCUUUAAAAAAAAAAACCUGAAUAUUUGACCAAAAACCAAGAGAGGUUAAAAGAAGUUGAAAAAUGAAGAAACAAAACAACCUCAAGAGAUGCACACAUUUAUUUCUGACUUUACAGUAAUACAUUUGUACAUCAUAUAUAUAAUUCAUACGUUUGGUCAUUUAGUAAAUCAUGAGUCAUAUAUUAAAUGCAAUUUGAUAUUAUUACCACCAGAUAUUUUUGUGUUACUUUUUUUUUUUGUGUUAAAAUUAACAAACAUUGUUUUUUUUGGGUCAAAUUUUCUUAUGUUGUUGUAUACAUGAAAAUUAGACUGGGAUAGAACAACACAAUUAUCAGAGUUAAGCUAUAUUAUUCUUAUGGAUCUUUAUGGAUAUUUUGAUUACAAUAGCUUUAAAGAACAUUAAUAAUGGACCUUUAGAUAAAGAUUUUGAGUUUUACAUGUCUUGUCUCGUUAGGAGUGUUAUACAUAAGAUCCACUAUAUAAGUAAAAUUAGAGAGGAAAAAAAAAAUGAAAAAGCAUAAAAAUGAAGAAAAAAAAAUCAUUAAUACAUACAUAUUUUUGAAGAGAAGUAUAUUUUAUACUGGACAGAUGGUAUAUUGCAUUCCCUAUCAUCGGGUCACAUCAUAUCUUUGGAUAUAUUUUAUCAUUUGUAAUAAAAUACAACUGAUAGUU